AGAUCAAAUUUACCAAAAGAUCGUAAAAGAUCUUGUUAAUUAUUAGAAUUUUUUAUCCCAUAUCUUUUAUAUGUUGUAUUAAUACCAGUUAUUAAAAUCCAGAUCUUCUUGGUAAUGAGAUAAUUAAAUAGUACAUGAGUCCAUGCACGCCUAUAGUUUUGUAAGAUCCUUAUAAAUAUCACCUUAUGUAGUAAUCUCCAUAAGCAUCAAACGCCAUCCUAGCAUAUGCAUUCCAUUCUCUAUAGCUUCUACUUCAAAUUGUUGAUCUUGCUAGUAGCUAUGGAUCCUAAUGGCUCCUAUCCUAACAUUUCCCCCUUGCAUGAAGCAUUGAGAGGCACGACAGCCAUGCCGACAUUAAAAGAUUUUGUAGCCCUUGAAUCCCCAUCAUCAAAUUCACCUUCAAUAGAAAAUUCCUCACCAAUCAUCCAUGCACCACGAGAUGCUUAUGUGAUGUUAGUCAAUGAUAGAUCCAUGAUUCCAUACCAAUCACAUACAGACCUCGCACCACUACCCCCACAAUUGGGUGAUAUGAUCCCUAAUCCUUUAUCCUUGGACAAAAAAGAAAUGUUCUCACAUGAAGAAUUCCUCACAAAUCCUUUUUGGAAUGACUUUGACUCAUCUCAUCAGAGGCAUAAUAUUUCCAUGGAAGCUUCAUCCUUCACAUCGUUACUCCAAACAGAACAAAAAUUAGUUGUUCAUUCCCAAGUUAUCGCUAUGGGCGAGCCGGAUGAUGGUUCGAUCUCUAAGAUGGACAUCAAGCAUGUCUCAAAGGAACAGAACAUACAAGAUGGGAGAUUGUUAUUUGAUGAUCCUUAUGGUGUACCUACCCCUGGUUCUCCAGGCAUGCGGUCCUCACCUAUUCCAAGAGAAGAUAAAAUCCCUCUAGUUGGUGCAAAUGCUAUUUCUGAUAGUGGUAUUACACAUGGUCCUACAACAGCACGCAAGUACAAAUGCAAGAUUUGCAGUGCCACAUUCAACUCAUCUCAAGCAUAUGGUGGUCACAUGAGUUUGCAUAGCAAAGCAAGGAUGAAAAGCCUACAAAGUUGAUCCUGCCGCAUAACUAGAUAACCCAUGAUUAAUAUUAUUGGGACCAAUAUUUCUCACAGCCACACAAUGGGUGAAUGCACAAAGGUUUUAGCAAGGGUGGAGAAAAUUUCUAAGAGGUUAUUUGUCCUGGAAACAAAAUUACCAAUAGAAGCCCAAGGCUGGAGAUAUGUUAUGUGGGUGUGAAACUAUAGGAAAUUAUUUUCUUGAGUAUGUUUCCGUUGUUGUUUCCCUAUGUAAACAAAAGAGUCAUCUUUGAUGGUUGUGUACUACACCCUAUG